AUGGGACAGAAAGAUGUGUGCCAUGUGUUCACCCGUUGGCUUGACUUGGGACCAGGACUAAGCCCGGACGAUAAUCGGUGGAGGUGUCACAAUGACCACGAAUUCGAAGGCAACUUGGCAGAGGACGAAAAGACUGACUCCCGACAGCGGUUUGAAAACGAUUCCAUACAGGCCAAUUGCUCAGAUGUGCUCUCGGAGGAGGAAAUGUAUUUUGCAACAUCCGAUUUCUCCAAGACCAGGCAUAUCGAACCUUGA